CGGCGCCUGGUUCGCUGCCGGGCAAGUCGCCCUCCGAACCGGGGUUCCUCGCAGCCUCCCAGCUGACAGCCCUCGGGCAGGCGGGCAGCACCGCCCCGCGGGAACCCGCGCUCCUCUGCCCCCGCGGCCACUCGGGGCGGGGGCUCAGCCUGCCAGCAGCGGCGGAGGCGGCUCCGGCUCAGCUGACGUCAGGCGGCCCCUUAAAGAGGCGCCGCAGCGGGAGCAGGGUCGGUAGUGGCGGGCUGCCGAGCUCGUCGGCCCCGCGCGCCCCGACCCCGCACUAGUGCCGGCCGGAGAGCCGUGGCCGCCGCCGGCGAUGGAGCCAUGGCGCUCGGUCGGCGGAGGCGGCGGCUGCGGCGCUGCCGGGCGCUGCUGCUGGGCGCGCUGCUCUCGCUCUCGGGCACCUGCCUCUGCUACAGCCUGCUGCUCCUCUGCUGCGGCCCCGAGCCGCCCUCCGCCGCCGCCCGAUGCCCGCCCGCCCUGCCCGCCGCCCGCAAGAAACUUCUGCAGAAGUGGCGCGCCUGUCCCGCCGCCGCCGCCGCCGCGCCGCCCUCGGCCCGCCACCCGCCCGACCCCUCGGCCCGGCCCGCGGGCGACAGGAGCAGCCGGGCCAAGGCAGCCGUGGCCAAGCGGCUCCCGCACGCGCUGAUCGUGGGCGUCAAGAAGGGCGGCACCCGCGCCGUGCUGGAGUUCAUCCGCGGCCACCCGGGCGUGCGCGCCCUCGGCACCGAGCCCCAUUUCUUCGACCGGCACUACGAGAGGGGCCUGGAGUGGUACAGGCACCUGAUGCCCCGCACCCUGGACAGCCAGAUCACCAUGGAGAAGACCCCCAGCUACUACAUCACCCGGGAAGCUCCCCAGCGGAUCUUCAACAUGUCACGGAACACGAAGCUGAUUGUGGUGGUGAGGAAUCCGGUCACCAGAGCCAUCUCGGACUACACCCAGACCCUCUCCAAAAGGCCGGACAUCCCCACCUUCGAAGGGCUCUCCUUCCGCAACCGCAGCCUCGGCCUGGUGGACACUUCCUGGAGUGCCAUCCGCAUCGGCCUCUACGCACUGCACCUGGAGAGCUGGCUCCAGUACUUCCCGCUCUCCCAGAUCCACUUCGUCAGCGGGGAGCGGCUGAUCACGGACCCUGCGGAGGAGAUGGCCAAAGUGCAGGAUUUCCUGGGCCUAAAGCGGCUCAUCACCGAGAAGCACUUCUUCUUCAACAAGACCAAGGGCUUCCCCUGCUUGAAGAAGGCCGGGGGAGGCACACCGCCCCGCUGCCUGGGGAAAUCCAAAGGCAGGCCUCACGUCCAGAUUGACCCAGAUGUGCUGGAGCAGCUGCAGGACUUCUACCGCCCUUACAACAUCCGCUUCUACGAGGCCGUGGGGCGAGACUUCCGGUGGGAAUGAGAGAGGUCUUGGGGGAGGGAGGUCAGGCUGGGGGAGCCGCUUCAGCUCUACCUUUGUUCUGGCCAUGGGUGACCAGCCCAGCGGGCCAAAGUCCAGCCCUCGAGCCGGGGCCACUGCAGCACAUGGCCAGCCUGCCGGGGUUGGUGAGGCCUUCAGGAACCUUUUCAAUGGUGCAAUCAGGGUAUGUGAGGCCCAAGGAUGGAUUUUAUUUUUCAUAAUGGUAUAGAAACAGAGUUUAUAAAGAUCACUAUGUAAGCACUAAGAGCACCUGCUCCCUCGCUCUGCGGUCCUUCCAUGAAACCUCAGAGAUGCCCCCUUGUAUGAGGUCCCCCCCUCACCUCCCCCCCCCCGGCUGUCCCCCCUCCCAUGAAUAAAGCACAGAUUUCUGCUAUUACGGGUACUUGAGGCCCAGCCCUUGGCUUGUCCCGGAGUCUCUCUUGAUAGCCUCUUGUCUCCUCUUCCUUCCCGUGAAAUAAGUCCCAGCCAACCCAAAGGAAGCCUGGCAGAGCCCCAGCAGGUUCCUUUGCUGGGAGAAGGCGGCAGGGGUUCGAUGGAGGGGGGCUGCUUUCAUUCCUCCUACAGGUACAGGGAGGGGCAUGUAUUUCAGCCUUAGCUGAGAGCAGUUGUCUUUCUCAGCCCCUGAGGAGCGCUGUGUGUGGCCCAGCCAGUUGCUGGAGCACUUUCUCCAGUUGCCAAAUUCUGCCACCCCCUGCCAGGGCCAGGAGUGCUGAGCUGCGUCUCCAAUCCUUCUGUGCAUCUGCUGCCUUCAGCAGCGUUGCCCCCUCCAUCUCGGAAGGGCUGUGGCUGCUCGUUGGCACCCAGGAGCUGGCAGCUCCUUCCCAAAGCAGAAGGUCCCUGGCAGCCUCUCACUUGUUCUGCUCAUUCUCCUCUGCUUGUCCCAACAGCCAGAGACAGACCAAGUCGUUCAAGGGGUUUCCAGACUGGCAAUCGGGACCCUUCUGCCGGGGGAGAGCAGCAGUCUCAGCCAAGAGCCAGGGUGUCUCUCCUGUGAAAGAGCUCCCAUUUCUGGGGCCCUUCUGGGGCCUCCAUUUCUCCCCCAGCUUUAUAGAGUUCACCCUGUUACAGAUUGGGAGAGUCUCAUGUAGGCUGCAGACUCCCCAGCUGACUAGGUCCUCCUGUCUCAGCCACAGAUCCCCCUGCCAGGAGGUGGGGCCUCUGAGCGUUUACCUGCCUGGCUCGGGGAACUGCUUACAAGCUUCCCCCCCACCUCAGCUCAAUGGCACCUGCCUCCACUGCCCUCCCUCGGGCACUUACUGCCUUGCCUCGGUUGGCUGUGGUUGAGCCAUCUCAACUGCCUGGGCUGCCCACCAUGCGGCUCUAGAGCCCCUCAACCCACUUGGCUCCAGCCUUUCAACUUCCGUCUUCAUGCCUUCCUCCAGCUCCAUUGGUCAGAUGCAAAGACGGAAGAGCAGAGCCUAAGGCAGUCCUCUGGCUUCCCAAUUCUCUCAAUCAGGCCUGAGACUUGGCAAAACUUUUGCUUUAGGAAGAUGGGCAGGUUUGGCCACCCCUCCCAACCUCAGGGAGCAUCUUUUAGCUCUGAAGAAGAAGUACAUCGGCUUCCAGGGUAGCCCAGGGAGAGGAGGAGCCCCCACAGGUGGGCAGGAUGUCAGUGGUUGCCAAGAGUGCCCUGCUGCCAAAGAUUCCGAAUCCAUCAUUUCUGGCUAGUCCCUCUGCUUGUAUAAUUUCAAGAGCCCCUUGUUCAAUCUUACCUUUCCUUCUGAUUUGCUACAAUCAUGCUUUGAUCACAGCAGAUAAAAUAAUCAGCUAUUAUAUUUUGCCAGUUUAGUGGAUCACUGUGACACGGUAAGCUCUUAAAGUCAAGCCCCAGUGCUUCAUCCUUCGGUUCCUGUUUUCCAUUUAUAAUGGCCAAAGGUUGGGUUGGUGGCACCUGUGGUGCCGUUGCCUUCUCUACCCUAGAAAUAGACCUGAAGAGUCUUUAUAGCACAUUUCAAAGCAUGGCUGUACAGUGAUACAGCAUCCCCAGGGCAAGGCUUUCCUGUUGCAUGCUGGGCACCUGUUGGCUUGAGAGACCUUGGAGCAUCCCCUCCACGGAAUGAAUGUCUGCCCCAGAAGGGAGCCAUCCCUGUAUGCAAAGCCAGGUAAGAUUUUACCUCCUCUUGGGGCAGCUUUUUCCUGCAGAUGUGAUAACUGCAAUUAUUCAGAAUUAUUUCCCUAUUUCUAACUUAAAAACAGAAUAAUUCCCUGGAGCCAGGCAUCGUUUGAUAAGGUUGAUAAGGAACUCUGCUUCCUAGAGUUUGGCUACCACUUUUUUCAAAUGCCUCAAAUCUCUCCCUCCAUUGUGAAGUCAAGCUAAGCUUCAUUUUGUUGCCCCCCUCGGGUAAGGCCUGUCCUGUCUGAUCCCCUAGAAAGUGGCAAAAUGCCAUGUCAACCAAAGGGCACCAUGGCAAAGUGGAAAAGGACUUGGCAGAUCAGUUUUCUCUGUUACCUUCCUUCCCAAUAAUGCUUGUUAAGGGCCUUUGGUCAAACUCAAGAUUGUUAAGCUUCUACUUAAUUUGCCUGGGAGGUUUUUGGUCCUUGGCAUAGAGGGCAGCUAUCAGGUUGAGCAAUGCGGCUGCUUUUUUCUUUUAAGAUCAGCUAUAAAACGUGAUUUUCCCCCUUGCCUUGAAUGUGAAAAAAUUGGAAGUCUCUUUUUUUUAAUAAUUUUAUUAAGUUUAUCAAGACUUAAAAUGCAAGAGAAAAUGAAAAUAGCUGGGAAAUGGAAGAAGAAAAAGGGAAGAGAAAGAAGUGUGAGGUAAAGGGGGGAAAGAAAGAAAAAUGUUCACUUCUGUAUCUUUUUAGUGCAGGAGAGUAGGAUAGUAACAUUACAGCCUCAACUUU